GUAGGGAUGGCAAGGUGGCAGUGCCCACCCUGUACCUCUGUGGCAGACAGGACUUCUCGUGGCCAUUGUUGCUUAAUUUAUGCCCAGCACGUUGCUACGUGCCCACCUAUUUCACGUCUAUAAAGAAUUAAUAGGAAGGCUGUACAACUGUGGCAGAUUGGAGGGUGGAUGCGUUCCCCAUUUUCCAUUUUCAGGUAUCUGUUACCAAAACAGACGUGGAGAUUGGUUAUCUUCUCUACCUCCUAACUACAGCUCCAGGUCUGCCUUUAUUGUGGUGAGGGUGAGAAAAAUAAUCAGCCAUUUAGUGUUUACGCUAACGCUGAUGGACAGAGAUGAAUGUCCGAGCACUUCGUCCCUUAAAUGGACGGGUUCUGCCCCUUCCCCCACUCAUGUACACACAUUCUAUUUGGCUAAGAUUCUAAACCUGCAACAUUUCUCCACGACCUUAUUUAUUAGAGCUAUUCCUAAGAUAGUGGGGUAGGACGUGCGUAUGUUUUAUUUUUCUGGGCCUACUAUUAAUUGCAACCUAAAAAGAUAGGCUUAAAAUGAAGGAGAAUUGGAGGGGUUACAAGGUAGACAAUAGUGACCCAACAGCUUAUCUUCCUAAAUGAUAAUCCCUUUCUAAAGGUCAGGAGAGGGAGCUUGUGUUUUGUGGGGAAAGGAAGGUCAGGGAUGUUUGAUAAUCCUCGUAAAAUGGCUUCUUAAAUGGGACAUCUGAGAGAUUUGUCAAAACUGAGCAAACAAGUCUGUGAAAAAGAAAAAUGUUGAAUGUUUCAAAGUCAUCAUUUAAGAGUUUAAUUAAAAAGCAGUUUCCCCCAGUUAUCUCUGCCAUUCCAUGAACCUAUCUUAACAGACCCUUGAAGUCCCCCCCCCCCCAUCUUUUAACCACGGGCUUGGGCAUUCCUUUUAUAGAGCUAACCCGUUUGCAGUUCUGUGGGAGAACGAAGAUUGUAGACCGAUGUGCUUUAGCCUACUUGGAAAGUAUCUGUUGAGAGAGGUCUAACUUCAAGCAGACAUCUUCAGAAAGUAAAGUGAAGGGCAUUGGAAGGGUUUCAGGUGUAGAUUAACAAAUUGGGUAGGCCCAUUUCUCUCCAACACUUCAAAACUGGUAUUCUUAGCAAUAAUGCAUGCCUGGGAUGGGAAUAUUAUAACUGUUUAGAGGGAGGUCAAAGAGGCACAGGCGCUCUCUGAGCAGUUUUCCCAGGAACCCGCACAAAGUCAGUUAAGGUCAUUUAAUUCCAAGUCUGAUUUGAGGUGACACAGAAAUGCUGGUGUUGAAUCAAUUAGCUAUUUCUGGUGUCCCUAACCAGGGUCUCCCAAACUGAGGAUGGCCUGUCUCCAUUUUGACCAUAAUUGUUUUCCCUAAUUUACUAUGCCUGAUUUCACUUCCCACUAGAGGGUAAAUUUGCACCCCCCUUCAUCCCUGGGAUAGAGGAGUCCUCCCUCCCCGCCCGUCGCGUGGGGGCGGGGAUCUCUGGGCGCCCUUAGCGAACCUUGCUGCAUCAAACCCGCAUCAUGUCCUUGAAGCUGUAACCUCCAUCACGUUCUUGCGGCGACUCGAUCGCCCACUGUUCAGUUCUUUCCUCCUGCCUCCUGCAAUUUCAGACGGCAACUCCAAACUAACAUGGCAGUCAGACUGUGUGAUGUGGCUUCUCUGCUUAGAAGCGGUUCGUGGGCAGCAGAGCCUUGGACCGGGCAGGUAAUUGCUGCCAUGGAAACACAACUGUCUAAUGGGCCAACUUGCAAUAACACAGCCAAUGGUCCAACCACUGUAAACAACAACUGCUCCUCACCAGUUGACUCCGGGAACACAGAGGACAGCAAGACCAACCUAAUAGUCAACUACCUUCCUCAGAACAUGACACAGGAAGAACUAAAGAGUCUUUUUGGGAGCAUUGGCGAGAUAGAGUCCUGUAAGCUUGUAAGAGACAAAAUAACAGGGCAGAGCUUGGGUUACGGAUUUGUGAACUACAUUGACCCCAAGGAUGCAGAGAAAGCUAUCAACACUCUGAAUGGAUUGAGACUUCAAACCAAAACAAUAAAAGUUUCCUAUGCUCGCCCAAGCUCAGCCUCAAUCAGAGAUGCAAACUUAUACGUCAGCGGGCUUCCAAAAACCAUGACCCAGAAGGAGCUGGAACAGCUGUUUUCACAGUAUGGGCGCAUCAUUACUUCUCGGAUUCUUGUCGACCAGGUCACUGGCAUAUCAAGGGGUGUAGGGUUUAUUCGAUUUGACAAGCGGAUUGAGGCAGAAGAAGCUAUCAAAGGCCUAAAUGGCCAGAAACCUCCUGGUGCCACAGAGCCAAUCACUGUAAAGUUUGCUAAUAAUCCAAGCCAAAAAACCAAUCAGGCCAUCCUUUCCCAGCUGUACCAGUCUCCAAACAGAAGGUACCCAGGACCGCUAGCUCAGCAGGCACAGCGUUUUAGGUUGGACAAUCUGCUCAAUAUGGCUUAUGGAGUGAAGAGUAGGUUUUCUCCAAUGACGAUCGAUGGAAUGACCAGUCUGGCUGGAAUUAAUAUUCCUGGGCACCCUGGAACAGGCUGGUGCAUAUUUGUGUACAACCUGGCGCCUGAUGCAGAUGAAAGUAUCCUGUGGCAAAUGUUUGGGCCUUUUGGAGCUGUCACCAACGUGAAGGUCAUCCGUGACUUUAACACCAAUAAGUGCAAAGGUUUUGGAUUUGUGACUAUGACAAACUAUGAUGAGGCGGCCAUGGCGAUAGCUAGCCUCAAUGGAUACCGCCUGGGAGACAGAGUCCUGCAGGUCUCCUUUAAGACAAACAAAACGCACAAAGCCUAAUGAGCUCUUGUCCUCAGUCCAUUUAUAUAUGAAAACUAUACAACAAAAGCAAGUUAAGAGAAACUUUAUACAUUAGUAAAUGUCUUUGUAAGUCAGUGUUGAGAUGGGGAUAAAUGACUACUUAGCAUCCUAAGAAAUAUGUGAGAUUUUUUAUUGCUAGUAUUUGAAUUAAAACUUCUUAAAUAUCUUUUAUGUUUGAAUAUGGACAAGAGGUACAGGGUUUUUACCUGUCACAUUGCAUUCUAUUGCCUUCUUUGAAGAAGGUGGACCUUUUAAAGUGUUUCAGCUAAGGGAAGACAUUUCUUUUCUUUUUACAUAACUGCCUUGAUCCUGUGAGUAAGUACUGAGGCUUUGUGUUGUAGCUCUUCAGUUGGUUGUCUUUCCCCACCUCCUUAUCUUUCCUUUUCUUUCUCUUUCUUUUGUCUUUGUUUUUUCCUUUCCAUUCUUUAAUUAGCUUUGUGUUUGGUUUACAUUUCAAGCAUUGCUGUUAUGUCUCAGAAAAGCAUUUUGAAGUUUACAUUUUUAUUUAUGAAGUUACAAACAGUAUUUAUUUUGUAAUUCUGAUUUGGGCUGGGGCAGGGGGGGCGACAUUAUAAACGCUUAUUGUAAGAAUACUGGAGAACUUUUCGUAAAGCAGUACCUUGCCAAAGAGAUAAGAGCCUCUUUGAUGUGGGUUUAAAAAAAGCAUCUAUUUUUAUAAAAAAGAAAAUUUGGAGAAACUUUUUACUGGUCCUGGAACAAAUAUUUUGACUUGAAUACUUUGAGAAAUCUCUUCAUAUGACACCUAGUGAGCUUUUAAAAUUUACCAGGAAAUUUGCAACGGUUGGAAAAUUUAGAAAGAUUUAUGAUGUAGAAAAAUACUUUUGAGAUCUUUGUAUGAGAGGAAUUGAGUCAGUGAGGGAACACUGCUGGUUUCAUUUUCGUAAUCACCAGUGGGGCGUCUGAUCAUCCUGGUUGUUAUGUGAUAGAUGGCUCACAUUGAUUUGUGAUUUUGAAACAAAUAAAAAAAAUUUACAAAAGAAUAUAUAAGAGCAGGCAAGAAAUUUAAAUUACCAAGAGAUGGGGGAAAAUCUGUUCUUCCUAAAGAAAUCCCUUCAGAUAGAGCUCAUGGUGUUUAGUGAUGUACUUGCAGUAUCGUUUGAAGAAUUGUUUUGUCUUAAGGAAGAUGAGAUGUUGCACACGUUUGGAUGGCAGCAAGUCAGCAAAGGCGACCUGAGUUGGAUAUAUUUGGAGGUAUUUUGAGAGUUACGUUUAAGGCUAACACCUGAGCUUUGUGUGAUGUAAAUAAGACCUUGUGUUUAUGAACCUUUCAGCUAAUUUUAUUUUUUUCCCUUACAUAUCAAGUGAUGUUCAGGUUUUGAAUGUUUUGUAUCAGUUCUUUUCUUUGUAAAUGGCAUUAACAUUGUUACUUGAGGUCUUGCUUAUUCAGUUCUGUUGUCCUGAGGACUUGAAUUUACAGUGCAUCAGAUUCGUUGGCUAAUUCUGUCUGUAGAUAGUCUAGCUUCAGCUGUUUAUGGUGAUGCUACAUUUUCGUUUAUAAAUAUGUUUGUGGUAAAAAAAAAAGAAAAAAAUGAGUAUAACCAUAGGUUUUGAACAAAUUUCCUUACAUUUUUCAUACAAAAAUCAUAAAUAUCUGUAUGCUAUUGAAAUUUAACUUUGUAUGAUGCUUAAACCACUAUUUGGGGAAAUAAUAAAAUAAGUCUUUACCAUGUAUGAAAGAAAUUUUAAAAAAUACAAAAUAUUUUCUGAUUAGCAUCUAGCUUAUAAUAAAUUUUCAAAAAAGCUGAAGGCAACUGUGGCCUUCAUCAGGAUGCACUGAGAACUAUAUAGUUACGUCCUGCGUUUUGUAUAAACUGAGAUGCUCAUGUGCUUCCCCUUAGAACAGGCAAUGUGCUAUGCAUAACAUAGUUGUACAUUAUCUUUGCAGUUGCUUUGAGUUUUAUUUUUUAUUAUUUAAAACUGUAGUUAUAAAAAUUUUCAGUAUAGUACAGUACAUAUACUGUGAGGCGCGUGCUAAAGUGAACAAGCGAGUUUUCAUGCUGACCCACUCAAUGCUAUUCAGAACUCAAUUGGCUUAGCACUUUCUCAUAUCCUUAGGUGCAUUUAGAUUGUCAGAGUUAACCUGCGUUAAAAAAAAAUAAAAUAAAAUACAUGUAUAUAUUUAAAAAAAAAAAUAAGGUUUCCCUUGUGGGCAAACAGCAGCUACACGCUUCUUUCCUGUGCUACUGUAGCAAACCACAGCAUUGAUGAGAAGGCAUGCGGACUGUGCUUCACUUCACAGUGUUUACCCGAGCACUUAAUAAAAUGUAAGGCUGGUAUUUAUUUGAAGUUGUACAGUAUGACUUAAUUCACAUCUGUUGGAAUAGAAAAUAUAUUCUGUUGAGUAUUUAAGAGGCUGUACAUGUUUUCUUUUGUGUUUGGAUUCUUUGUGCUUUUUCAUGUUCGGUACAUCAAUAAACAAAGUUGAAGGGAAAGAACUGUGUAUCUUUAAAUACAUCUGGAUUGUGGGGUACCUAUGCGCAGUCUAGUUCAAAAAUAAAUAAAUAAAUAAAAAGCCUUACUCUCUUUAAUGAAAAGAGGUGUUCUCAGAGGUCGAGUUGAAAGCUGUGCUAUCUAAAAGGAAUCCAGAAGGCAAGUUAACUGAAGGGGGUGGGGUGGGGGGGAGACUUAAAGGAAAGGAAAAGAACAAAAACAACAACAAAAUAUCAAACCCUAAAAGAGAAACAAAAACUGUGACAGAAUACUCUUGACUUCAUUAACUAGGUGACUUUUACAGGGACGUGUUGUUUCAUCAGCUAGGAAUGCACCGUUAACCCUCGAGCAUUUUCAGGAGUGGUUACUGCACACCCUAUGACUUGGGCAUGGCAACUUUAUUCUGCCUCUGUCCCUAAGACUGUGCCCACCAGAGGAGGUGUUGGGUGACACUUGUGUUGAGCAACUGCUAUCUCAUUAAGAGACAACUUUCUGUUAGGUUAACAAAAUUGUGAACUGUGCCAGCUCCUUCCAUGCUUCAUUUACACAUUUAAUCACAACACAUCUCCGGAAGGUAAAAGGAUAGAAAAACAGUUCUUGCUGUUCCUUUUGUCUGUCUGUCUGUCUGUCUCUUUGGGAUGUGAUCUCUCAAUGUAGUCCUGGCUAGCCUGGAACUCACAGAGAUCUACCAACCUCCGGAGUGUCAGAAUUAAAGAUGAGGACCACUGUGCCUGACUUCUCUUGCUUUUCUUUUCUGUGAGAAUUACACUUUUAUUAAACUUCAGAAAGCUGAGUAUGUUGAAGGGAUUUUUUUUUUGUUGUUGUUCAUUUGUUUUUUAUACCUCUACUGGAUGAUUUUUUUUUCUGAUUGCAUUAAUUUGUUGCUUUGGGUAAAAACCAUCUUAUUUUAUACCUAAUAACCGAGACUGACUGAGUGGCAAGGCUCUUCCUCUUCCCAUAGCCUGCUAUUAAACACUGCCAAUUUGAAUUUCAUGUUUUUCCUUAUGUGAUGUUCAAACAUGUCCCACCUGUCUCCCCUCUCACUUCCUCUGUAUUUUGUCGGGUCGACAGCCAGUGCUUCUUUUGCAUUUGAACAGACAGUGGAAGAAAAGAACCCUAUAAAGGGGGUGUGGUGUAUUUGUGAAGAAGUUACAUUUCCCCUUUCAGAUUCCCUUGCCUCCCGUGUUUGCAAAUCAUUUGAAAUGUACUGCAACUCACUGUGGAAGUGACUGACAGCAGCUCUUAAUCUUACUGCCAUUUUAAAUUAAUCUGAUUUAGAGAAAUGUUGGCAAUUUCGUCUUCCCUUUUAAAAACAAAAACGAAUUACAAGAGUCUCCUCUUUAUAAGAUAUUCAAAGUGGAGUGGAAAUUUACAACUACUUUUUCAAAGUGUUACCUCGAAAAACAAGAAAAUGCAAAUAUCUCAACAGUAAGUUCCUAAGAAUUGUAAUCCCUGGGUCUUUAAAUGUAUUUUCUAGUGCAUUAUCCACAUGUCACUUUAAAAAUAGAAUAAGAAAAAAGACAGAUACCAAUUUCCAUACGUAUGUCUCUGUUGUCCUAUUAGAGUGUUGGGCAGUAGAAACAGAUAUGCAGAUAAAUCCAUAGGAGUUUGAAUAUCAGGCAUGUGUAGUCUGUCACUGCAGUGAAUACUCCUUUGUUUUCGAUCUAUAGUUUCUUUACAUUCUUUCCCUGAAAUGUCACAGAGAUUCUUUACCAUUCAAAGCAGAAGAUUAAAGUACAUACCCCAUUAAUGCAGGCAGGUGGUCAGUGUCAGAUGGACCUUGCAAAGUUAACUGUUGCAAAGUUCCAUUUCAUAUCACGAGCAGGGGUGUGUGUGUGUGUGUGUGUGUGUGUGUGUGUGUGUGUGUGUACAGACAUGGGUGUGUGCUUCUGCUGCCUGCUACACUGUGCCCUAGUUCUGUGAGAAUGAGCAGGUACCUCUCUUCCCAGAGGCCAUCACCUAGAUGGGAGAACAGUAAGCUGCCAGGUCAUGACUACAGUGCCAUCAGAUGCAGUUACCAAGCUAAUGUGCUGUGGCUUAUUCAAACCCAGUCACUCUGUGCUCUGCUCAUGCAGUUGCCAGUACAUCUCUUUCAUUCAGUGAAUCUUGUAAAAAACAAACUCUUUCAGUUGUCCAAGUCCUAUGGGAAACAAAAUGAAAAGUUCUGACCCACUAUAUAGCCUAAUAGGUUGACAGAGAACUCUGGAUCUUCAUUCUAUAAAUAUGUAAUAUAUAGAAAGACAGUUUGGAAAUCACUGAUGAUGGUAAAAUAGCUUGAAUAUGAAAAAUAUGUUGUGCUGUUUUUAUUCAACUUUGAAGUAGGACAAAAUACAUAUCCUGGGCCUGAAAUGUGGCAUUAAUGAUAUAUUUAGUUUAAACAGCCAAAUAUUAUAUAAUUAGACCUAAACUGAUAGGACACACAGAAACAUUCAUGCGUGUCAGAUUUUCAACUAUCUCUCAUAGCCAGCCACAUCCCAGGCAUAAGUGCAAGCAGAUGUUUGUGCUGACUUGAUGUGUGGAAGACAUACCUCACUGCUGCCCAGUGCUCACCAUCCGCAGUUCAGAAGUACGACACGUCACAGAUGCACAGGGAAAGAGAAGAGCAGAGUGUCGUGCACAGAAUCCAUGAUUGUAAAAAAGAGAACACAUAGUUUUCGCUGUGUGGGGGCCUUGGGAGUAGUAGGAUAAGAACACUGAGCCACACAGAAGUGGUAACAGUUGACCAGUCCAUUGAAAUGUUGGUAGAAUUUAAAAGAUGUUAGGGGAGAGGGGAUUCAAGAAGAAAACUGUCAACGGGGCAUAGGUAAAUGUCUGCCUGCCUGUGUUUUGGGAACAUUACUAUAUUCAUUUAUAAGCUGUGUGACCUGUGAGUUCCUUAUACAUUUGUCUGCAUCGGCUAGUUUCCGAUUAGCCUGAAAUUUGAGAGAGCACAAUGAAAUAGGAAGUCCUUAAAGAUUGAAACAUUGCCACUGGAGACCAUGAUACAAUAUAAAACAUAUAAACAUUGAAGCCUUGCCCCUUUAUUCUCUUGCUUGUUUCCAUUGUGACCUUUGCAAGUAUCUGGUGUGGUAGAUCAUAUUAAUUGGGAGGGUGUACCAAAGUCACUACUGAGGCCAUUGCCUCUUUUAUGAGAUAUGCAUUUGAAGUAUGGUGUGUAGUGUUUGCAGAGGCACAAGACACAACCAACAUUACCCUGGUAAUAGCGUGCUGUGCUUAUCUCCUGUCCGACUGUGCACCUUUCACACUGGACAAUGUAAUGUGAUUCCUUCUUAGCACUUACACUAUUUGGCUGUUUGUUCCCUGGCCAUACCUUCCUUCCCUCUUGAGAAGAAGCCACGUAAAAGGCCACUUACAUAGUUCUUCCCUGACCAAGGCUUACAGCUUGGAUUAUCUUUUAGGCCUCUUGGAUCUAACAGUUGUUCGUAGGCACAUCCAUUCUCUACCACCUAAUUUUUUGAUGUUUUUCUAUAAUUCUUUUUCUGUAUAGCUAAAUGUGUUUUUCAGAUCCAACCAGCCUGUCCGUGGACCUCAUUGCAGCUCUGAUGACACCAGCUGCUACCAGCAAGUAACUUACUCUUUGGGAUGAAGUGUGGUUGGCAAGGUGGCUGUGUAAGCUUUUUGCUGUUGGGGUGGUAAAGGUGCUACACUGGCUAGGAGAAAUGGUGACACUGUCACUUAGGCAUCCAGUAGAUGAAGCGCUUUGGUUUCCUGGGACUCUGAAUUAAUGCCAAUACAUCAAGAAACACUGAGAGCCCUGGAUCAGAAGUUAGCCCCACAUUUUACAUGUAUGUUAUAGAUCCUCUCCUUUUUCAAAAGGUAAUUUUGCAAACAUAGAUAGCAAUAAUGAGUAAUACAGACGUUCAUACUCCAAAUGCCCGAGUUCUGUCGGAAAGAAAACAUAAUCGUUGCCUUAAAGUUGAACCAGAAAUGAAGAGGUUUCCUAUACUAAAUAUUUAGUAAAAUUCUGCCUCAAGAAUGAUUGUUGCUGUGUGUUUCCUCCCAGCACAAUGAACUACGUGUUAACAUUCCCUUUCUCACAUGGUUCCUUAAGAAGUACCCUUUUAUACCUAGACAUUGUAUGAAAUCCUCCACAGGUAAAUUAUAGCUUAUGUUUCUGUAUUAAGAUUACACAUCCCUGAGUACUAGAUAAGGUAGCAAUAACGCCACGCAACCUAAAAAACCGCUCAUUGAAAACCUUCUGUCAGUUUAUCCUGAGCCUUAAGGGAUGGAUCGUUUUGCUUUUGCUUUAGUUGUGUAUUUUCAAAGUCAUUUUCCACUCUGUUUUUUCAUUCGAUUGGUCUCUGUCCUAAAGGGAAUCCUACUUUGGCACACAGUCAGCAGUCUACUGUGGCACGGGUUCUGGGAACCUUUAAAAUGCAUGCUUUACCUGUAAUUGCCGUUCUCCCACUAAAAGCACAUCAAGAGCUCACUCCACACCAGUCGCGGGCUGUUUCUAGACCGGAGAUUUAAUUUAUAGUUUUCACUCCUGUGAGCUAGAAGAUCCUUGAGAGAGCUCCUUUAGAAUAUCUUAUUUUGCAGAUAAGUGAGCCAGGUCUCACUUGAGUCUUGGCCCUGGACCUCAGUUCUCCUGGCUUCUGUAAUCCUGCCGUUCAUUAUCAUCGAGGCGCUAAAACAAAGGAGAAUUGGUUUCUGGUGAAGCACCUUGCAGAAUGAAAUUGUCGUCAUCUUGAGAUGGGCGUGGCAUCUAGGAGAGUCGAGGAUCCUGGAUGAGACGAGGAGGAAUCUGCAGCCAUGGAGAACAGAUGCGUAUGCCAGGGUCCUGGAUGAGACGAGGAGGGAUCUGCAGCCAUGGAGAACAGAUGCGUAUGCCAGGGUCCUGGAUGAGACGAGGAGGGAUCUGCAGCCAUGGAGAACAGAUGCGUAUGCCAGGGUCCUGGAUGAGACGAGGAGGGAUCUGCAGCCAUGGAGAACAGAUGCGUAUGCCAGGGUCCUGGAUGAGACGAGGAGGGAUCUGCAGCCAUGGAGAACAGAUGCGUAUGCCAGUACCAGGAAGUCAGCUAAGAAAAUGCUUUCUUCCCUAAUCUCGGCCAGGAAGAGGAUGUCUGCGGAACCAAUUGUAGGGAAGUAAUUCUUUUUCUCCUCUUCCCCUCUGUCUCUGAUUGCAGUGAUCUUUCCUCUUGCAAGGAUCUGGGUAAAUACUGGCUCCUUAUUGCAUGUACGCAGACAAGUAGCUGAUGGAGAAGUGCACUUUUAAAAGGAUUGAUGAGCUUAAAAGACACUCGUUAGAGUGCACCUGGAUCCUGCCAUGACAUCACAGGCGAAGCAUCAGCCGCUCUCGGGAAAGCAUGGCAGCCUUUUUUCACCUCUUUCUUAACAAUGAGACGUAGAUUGGGCCUGCUCUCUAUUCAAGCAUCCUUAUGAGUAAAUGUCUAUUUUUACGAAAGAGCUGCACGUUAAAAAUAGCUCCAAUCAGUGUGACUCUUUUCCCCCAUAUGUUAAAAAGUUAUGCACGAGUUAAAAUAUCUCAGAUUGCUUAAAUUCCUUCAAACGCAAAGCACAUUCCUUUUUCACUUGGAGGGGGCUGGACUGGGUAGAGGGGAGGGUUAAAAUACAAUCAAUAUGUGUACUGCAUACAUCGGGGUGAGGGUGGGGCAGUACCUCCUCAACUCUGUGUUUGUUAUUUGGUUUGAGACUUCCCAGCAGCAAAGCUUCUAAACUAAAUUUGAAAUUUCUGACUGUUAAAAAAUUCAUUAAUAUUUGGCGGGCACAGUCUUCUUCCUGGAGCGAUUGUUUAUUUUUGUUGCUGAGAGCAAUUAGCUAGAAUAGUCACAGUUGCAGCUGUUAGAUACUAUAAGCUCCAGUGGAGAGCACAAAGGCCUUAUGCACAUUUAGAGUCUGUAUUUGGAUUGUUUUUAAUGGGCAAUUCUUCUGGAGUCUACUGUGUUAGCAAAUUUGAUUGGGUGAUCCUAAGCCAAAUUGAGUGUGCGACGGGAUCAUGAACAUGCUGUGUUGAUCAGAGUCGAGUCAACACCUUGCUGGUAUGUGGAAGCCAAGAUGGCUGGGACUGCUCUAUGUCUCCAUAAGUUUCUGUUUGCAUCCUUUCCAAGCAAACCUGGAUGUGGUUCAUCAAAACGUUAUUUUGUUCUUUCAGGGAGUAUUUCCUUUUGUGUUCACUUCUUGACUUGUUGGGGCUUUCAUGAGGUAGCCUGUGUAUGCAACCAUGAAAAAGAUUUUCAUACAGCCUGGUGCCCAUUAAUUUGCCUUUUCUCAAGUAGCUUACUAGAGAAUCUUGGCUCCAAUUUAAUUCCUGACACUAUAAGAACAGCAGCUCAAGUGGAGCGAUUGUUGGCUACUUGAAUAGUGUCUUCAUGCUUGUCUUUAUUCAUAUGGAAGGAAGAGUGUCUACCUACUUCAUAGUCAUAAUGCUUUAGGAUUCAUACUAUUCUCUUAAUCUCUCCAUUUACUCCCUUGGCUCUCAUGGUCCACUGUGAAGCAGGGAAGUUUGCAUGACCCCCUUAGAGUUGAUGACUGGCCAGUCACCUGCAUAAAUUCUGUACUUCAGCCAUUUGAUGAUCUUCAUAUACUGUAUAUCUUUCUUACUGCUGACUACAGUACCUUGAAGAACUCAGCUUUAGAUUGCAAGCUGGUAGAAACGGCUGUCAGGUACAGAGCUAGUUUAGUAGCAUGUUCAUAGAGGAGAAUCAAGGUAGACCAGCCUUUUGGUGUGAAGGUAGCAAUGAGGGAAUUUUGAAAAGUUUUGGUGAUUGUAUUCCAAGUGAGAAUCUUGGGAGAAUACUAAAUUCUUGUUUCCUGCUAGCUACCCCAAGUCAAUUCAAAGUUAUCAGAUUUUUUUAGACACUUAAAUGUAGGUAUUUUUAGACCAGCCUUUCAAAUGGCAGUUGAUUGACCAGAUGACAAUCUUUUUGAUCAGCCGAGUUACUGAGUCAGGUGGAGUAGUUCUUUAAUCAUCCUCUCUCCAAUAAUACCUUUAAUAUAAUUGGGAGGUAUUAACACUAGUGAAUGGAAAUUUCAUCUAGCUAUUUUAAUGAAGUUUUCUUUCCUGAAAAUUUUUUUUACUGACUAUACCUAAAUGUUAUCAUAGUCUCUUACAGUAUUCAUAUUUAAAAUUAUCUACAUAAAAGUUUCAUCAGUGUGCAGUAUAUUCUUCCCUUAUUCCUUCUGAGUGAUAAUAAGUGUAGUGAUAUGAUCUGCAUAUGGGUGGCUACAUAUAUGCUUAUGGUGUAUAUAUGCAUGCUUGCAACUGAGUGCAUACAUAUGUGUAUGCAUGCAUCUAGAGCCAAGAGGCUGAUGGUACAGAUUUCCCCUGUUACUCCUCACAUUGUUUUCUGAGGCAGUGUCUCUUGCAAAUCAAAGAGCUUGCCUACCCAACUUGUUUGUGGGUGCUCCUAUGGCUUUGCACUUUAUCUAUUAGCCAUCUCUCUAGCCCCAUCUUGAUGGAUUUCUUAUUACUUCAGGCUCUAAAAAUGUCUUGAAACAAAAAAAUAUGCUUAUGCAUCAAAAAUGUUAGACUUGAAAGAUGCAUAUUAGUCAUUUUGAAUAUUGAGAUUUAGUUGUAGUGUGAUAACAGCUUAAAUAAAUUAGUAAAGGACCCAUUAGUCCCCACUAUCUAAGUUGAAGUGCACACCCGUGCAUGGAUAAGGGUGUUUUCUAAAAUGAACUAUACAGUAUUUGGGGACAGCAUUUGAUUACUUAUCACCACUGCCUCAGGGGCUUCAGCAUCAUGUGAACUUAGUUCCCAAAUCCGAUUUCUAAUAGCUAUAAUAGUAUACAGAAUAAAAGCACUAGUUUCUGUUCCCUAAGGUCCUGUUACCCUAAAUAUUAUCUGUGGAUCACCAGCAUUCAGGCCACACAAGAACUUAUUAAAACUUACGUACUUUGACAGGCCCACAACUGUGUAUGGAAAUAUCUACUUCCCCAAAGAUUUUAGGUGGUCUGUGCUCACAAAAAUUUGAGAAAUACUCAAAAGACUGUGGUGGCUCUCAAGCUUGAAUGUACUUAAGGCUGACGCAGAACUUGCUAGAAUAAAGAGCCCUGGACCCAUGUAAUGGCUUUGAGGUUUGGGAAGAAUACACAUGCUGGGAGAUAGUCUUCCUCUAGACGUUUUGUAGCACUGGCUGGGGUGCCUCCAGAGCCAGGGUAUUCCAACUAUCAUUGCAAGGGCUGAGUUCAAUGAGAGUAAGAUCUUUAUGGCCAGAUCUAGAUCCUUUCAUGAAGGUCUAAGGAUGGGGCUUGGGAAGCUUACAAAGACUAGGGUGAUGAAAAGUGUCUAUAGUCAUUAGAGGAAGAGCUGAUCUAUAGGAAGAUUGAAUAGGACAGGGCAACAGUUUCCAACAAGCUGUUUAAUGGGUUGACCAGAGUCUUUGCUUAUUUCAUCUAUCAAAAAGAAAAAAAUUGCACAUCUCAGCUUUUCUAAGAUGCCACUUGAUUCCAAGAAGAAACUCAGAUAACUUCUCAUCCCUCCCCCUGCCAAACAAUGAAGAGCAAACACAGACCAGAACUCAGGAGCUGACACAGCCAUCUUCCUUUCCCUUUUUAAAUUGCUUUAGAACAGUUCUUGGCAGCUGGCUUGGCUGCCUACUGCUUUACCUUUAGGUGUUUUCAUGUGUCCACCCAGUGAGAGUGUAGCUACCUUUGAGGCUCUUGACCAGUGUGCUGAUCAACUCUGUUAGAAGUACAGGCUCCCUGACAUCACUCCUGUUUCCUUGUAAGAUUGUAGGGUAUGGCUUCUGGAUGGAUAUUUAAUGGGGACUGACAUGUGUUCAUGUCAACAUGAGAAUUAUUUAGGUUAAAAUAUAUUUUUUAUUUGUAUUGGGAAAAAAAUUAAACAACAGAGGAACUGGAAGAUUAACAUUGGUUUUUUUCCAAUGCCCCCCCCCAAUAAAACACUAAAACCAUUAUUUCUCUUUUGUGUUGGCACUGUAUAAAUGAUGUGUUUAAUGGAAAACAGAACAACAGAAAACCUCUUCUCUAUUUGUAGUGGGCACAAUAUUAACCAUGUUUGUUCUUUGAAGAAACUUGGGUACAUGAGAAAGGGCAUUUUGCCUUCAAUUUUCAGAUAAGCCCUUAAGAAAAAGUUAGUCAUUCAGAGAUGUACAGAGUAUCUGCUAAGAUGUGACAGGCAUGUUUUGUUUUGAGUUUUUUGUUUUGUUUUGCUUUGUUUUUUAUUCCUAAUAAAUGUAUUUUGUUUCAGCUUAUAUAAGUGUCUUUUCUUUAGGACAGUAGUCAAGUUAAAGUUAUAAGAAUAUUUUCUGAAAAGCAUGUCCCAGGAAUUCCUGGAUUGUUUUGUUCAUUUUAGGUGUGUGUGUGGGGGGGGGGUGCUUGUAUGAGUGUGUAUGUUUGCAACCUACUAUCAGAUAAGGUGUUUGUCAAAAGGCCACUAGAUUAUUCUGGGGGUGUUAGUUGUAAAGGCUAAAAGAAAGCCAGUUCUUCACUGAAGAUCCUCUUGUUUUAAUGUAUUAAUUCUUAGAAAUUUUUAUAAUUCUAUUUUGAUCAUAUUUACCCCCAUCUCCUCCCAGGCCAUCGUGUCUUCAUUUUUUAGAAACUCAAUCUAAGUCCAGUUUUUGUUGCCUAUAUUCUCUUAGUUAUGUGACCAUCCACUAAAUCACAGUCAAGCUACUACAACCUUCUUUUAUCUUAGGCCUGUAUAAAGCACCGAAGAGUUCUACAAAACAAGGUAUUGGCAUUCUGCUCUCUACUGCUUAGGAAACAAGGAGGUCACUUACUUAAAGAGCUGUAUUUGAAAUUUGGGCUUUAAACAUAAGCUGCCCAAACCAUUCUCAACACGAAAAUGCAGAGACUUGGCACAGUGAUGCAUACGUGCAGUGCUAGCACUUGGAAGACAAGAGAACUGGGAGUAGAGACAAACCUGAGCUAUAGAGAGAACCUGUCAGAGAAGGGAGGGAAUGAGCGAAUGAGAGCCCUGAAUGCCAUGUGAAAUAGGUCAAGUGGCUAAUGGAGUACUUACUGGUGAUAUGGAGGUGAGCCGAAUGAGGCUUGGGCUGCAGGGUUUGCUAGAUGUACAAAGGUGGUGAGUGGCAGGGCCUAAGGUGGUCACACUUGAUUGUGUUGUCUCUUGUUUCUUCCAGCAUGGUGUGCUUUCUUAUCUCUGACCAAACAGUUUGUCAAAAUUGUUUGAAAGAAGCUGGAAAGGAGACCAAUUAGCUUAUCUGAAGAUGAUAUUGUUUCAUUACAAGCGCUGUGGAUACAGCAGCCGGCCAUGUUUCCUUCUGCUUUCUUACCCACUCACCCUUUCAGCAUGGACAGCAGGGAGCUAUGUGCUGACUGAGAACCACCUACAAAUAGCUGGAGUCUGAUGAUAAUCAAAAUCCAUGGCUUCGAAGCUUAAUUGUUAGAAGUAUAAAUAUGUUAAGGCCCUGCCUGUUCUGAAGUUAAAUAUUCUUCCCAGGAGAUGGAUGGGUGGGUAGUCUGUGCUUAUUAUAAAGGAUCUGCUGGCUUGUGUUGCAGCUUCAUGGUUGUAUCGUUAAUCUUUGGUUGUACGGAGCAGGAGGUUACAGUUAGCCCUGGGGAGUUUCUAGCCCCCCCCCCCUUUUUUUUCUGGAGACCUUUGGAGUCUAAAGGUUGGAUCAGGUUUGAAUUCCAUGGCCUUAUUGCUUCAGGGAUGCUCUUUUCUUUCUAGAGGGUGACCUUGCUUUUGCGGUGACCUGUUGUUCUUGAAUUUCUGAUUCUGUCUAGUUAUGUAGGGGACUGUUCUUCCUGUCUGGUCUACCCCAGCCUUGGGAAGUGAUUUGUCAACUCUGCCCUAGAGCCGGCUGGAGAGAGUUGGCAAACUCUCCUGCCCUGCUGUGAAUCCCUCAGGCUUGUGAGGGAGGACAGAUGGUAGGGCUAAGCUCGGAGCCACCUCUCUACGUAAUGAUGAAAAAUGACCAGGCUCCUGGUAAAUGGAAAUCAGGAUCCAAGCAACUUUGAAUUCUGGGAAAUGACUUUGAAAUCAACCUGGAGUGAAGGAAGAGUUGUUUUUUUCUUAAUUAACAGUCUGCCCUUGUUAUGUUUUGCACUUGAAUGUAGGAAAGGUUUUCCUACAUGUGUGCUCACCCAGGUGCAUACUGUACUUGGACUGCUGAGCCCAGGAGGUAGUCCUGUGUGUUCUUUGGGGUAUAAGUAAUGUCUGUAAAUGCCAGGGAUGCCUGGCAGGUUCUCAGAAGGGUGUAGAGUUGCCCUCUGUGGGUCAUGAGCAUCAUGAGAUUCACUGUGUACGUGGCCCUCUUCAGGUUUGCCUGCCUCCCCCAUCACUCUCACUAAAGUCGUGGUGCCUGGCAGUCCAUGCCUCCAGGCUCCUGUGUCUGAAGUCAGUAGUAUCAUGUAGUCUCUAGGAGAUCCUCUCCUCGUGUUGUCUCCAUGAAGCAUGAUAUUGGGGCUCUUGUAUCUCCCAUCUUACUUCUCUAUUAUUCCUAUCCUUAAGUUGUCCGUUUGUCCUCCAGGACCAUAGCCACAAAGGCAAUCGAUCUGUGGAAUAUAGCAUCCUAGCCUCAUCUCUGCUCUACCCAUCUUGUCUAACCCAUGAGUUAUUUGGUUAAAGUUUAUAAUUUCUAUAGGCAUUCAUUUUUUUCUCCUUUAAGAAUGAUACCUACCUCAAAGUAUUGAUGAAACUAUCAGCAUAAUUCCUGAUACUAGGUACAUGUUCGAAAGAUGUUAGCUGUUGGGCUGAAAUACAGCAUAGCAGAUAAGAGUACUGGCUGCUCUUCCAGAGGACUUGGGUUUGAUUCCUAGCAUACACAUGGUGGCUCACUACCAUCUCUUAACUCCAGUCCCAGGGGAUCCAGUGCCAUCUUUUGGCCUCCCCAAGCACCAGGUAUAGACAUGGUUCAUAGACAUACAUGCGAGCAAAACACCCAUACAUAUAUAAUUUUUUAAACAAUUGAAAAACAUGCUUGCUGCUAUUUCUCUUAUUACUAUUGUUUCCCUUACCACCCAAAGAAGAAAAUGAACAAAUCUCUUUGCUGAAGGAAUAAAAUAAAGUAAAAUAAAAUGGUAGCCCUAUGACUACCAUUGUCUUCGUCCUAACCAUUGGAGGCUGUGUUGAGUUCAGUAAACAGUGACAUUAUAAGAUGUAAGGCUUUCCUUUGCUUGGAGCUUUAUUGUGGGCCUAAGCAUUGCCUACAAACCUGAGGCUGUCUACUUGUCUGGAAGUAAAGAAUUUGGUCUAUGAGAGGGGUUCCACACCCAGUCUCAAGUUUUUGGAGGAUUGUUAGACUAGGAUAAAAAUCACAUGUGUCUGAUAGUGUCCCUAAGUAGCACACUUACUGUCUCUGUUACCAACUAAUUAUAAACAGAAAGUGACUUUCUGGGAGACUUGAUAAAAUCAACAAAAAAAAAAAAAAAAAAAAAAAGAGCAUGCCCCAUCUUCUUUUGUUUUGUUUCGACACAGAGUUUCACUGUGUCUUGCAACCCAGGCUGGUCUUGAAUAAGCUGUGUAGCUCAGCCUCCCAAAUCUAAGAAUAUGGGCCUGAGCCACUGCACCCAGCUGCGGGUCACAGUCUUGACCCUAUCUUUCACACGUUGAUGACAAAGGCUGUCUGGGUUCUUCCUUGCCAACACCAAUACCUGGAGAAGGUUUGUCUCUGGAUGCUUCACCAUGCCCAGUGCCCUGCUGCUGCUUUUCAGAAAGGGAGAAGUAAAAAGUAAUUAUUAAGAAAACUUCCCCACCGUCCCUGCUGCGGCUUCCUCUGACAGGCAAGUUCUUAAACAAGCAUCUUGAUAUUUCAGCAGAUGGUGCCGAGGUUUGUUAACGCAGCCUGCGGUAUUCCCAGUUCGAUCCUGCAUUUCUGGAUUCUUUGUAAUUAGCUCACAACAUGGGUGAAAGUGAGCUCAGUGUAAUCUAAACCCAGGGAGCUUGGAAAAGCAACAUCUGGCAGAGGAGGCAGGGCAGCUUCCCUCGCACUGCUUUCAGGGGAGUGGCCCCAGAGGUAAGCUUCAGGAGAUUAACAGCAGUGAGAAGUCAUUGCAGCUGGGUUCUGUAUUCUGCCCUGGCCGCCCAUUUGCUUCCAGGAACAAUGCAACCAAGUAUUAGCUUUCAUUUAUAAAGCCCUUUGUCCCUUUGUCCCCAGCCUAGUCUCAGGAAAAUCAAAUCUUGGUUCCCGCUGAACCAAGUGUUCAUUCUCCUUGUGAUGGCUAAUUUAGUUUGUCAGCUUAAGCUAUGUCUGGGACAUCAUUAAGCAGACCUUUGGGGAUUUCUUAACUGAAGGGGGAAAGCACAUUUUGAAUGUGGGUGGCAUUGUCUCUGGGCAGAGGUCCCUAUCUCAAUGGGAGAGGGGAAAAGGAGAACACAAGCCGAGUUGAGAACAGCCUGUACCUCUUUCUGCUUCCUGACCUACCUAGAUGUGAACAGGCACCCUUCUCUUUCUGCUCUGCCUUGCCUGCCCCGCCACAGUGAGCUGUACCUUCUCCACUCUUAAGUCUAAAGAAGUCUUUCCUCCCACAGUUGCGUUCAGGUAUUCCAUUACAGCAGAGAGCAAAGUAUCGGAAAAAGUCCUUACCGUUAUGUGUGAUUAGAAAUCCUAUACGGAAGAUUGCUACCAUUUUAGAAAAAAUACAGAAACGAGAUUUUAUAAGCAAACAGCAUUUCUAGUUAAGUUGUGAGUCUAGAUGUGAGCAAGAGACUUUACCACUUUAAGUAUGAUACUAUGUUCCUAGUGGUAUAGGAAGUGAUACUUUCUUUGUAGAAGAGACUGUUACAUCCAAUAGAUACUGGUGGAUAUGUAAGUGGUCCCUAGUGGAUUAAUGUGAUACAGCAUCCUCUGCAGAGGCCUCCAGUUAUUGGAAGUAGUGAUGCCCUUCCCCAUGAUGUGGGACCUGGGAGACACAGUGCUGGUUGGCCAUAUGUUCACAACACAUCCCAUACAAGGUUUGGGGACCCAGAUAGGAAUUCUAGUACCUCCAAUGAUAGGGAGAAUGGGCAUGGAAUGUGAUCUUUUUAAACUGGAAUUCUCUUUUUCUCUAAGUGCAUGAUUCAGAAGAAAGUUCUUGUGAUGUCUUCUCUAGUACACCUUUGUGUCUUCGUCUACUAGCGACUGUUUUCUUAGCAGGCAUCUCACUCAGUAUUGAUAAGUUCACAUUAAGGAGUCAUUGUAGAUCGCUUUAAAAAAACGGUUUAAUGACUUACACAUUUCCACUCUAUCCCCGAAGUGAAGCUACAAGGAACUCAGUUAUUUUGUUUUUAUAGAAAAGGAAUUCUGAGAGUACCUGGGCAGUAAACAGUGGAACAGGGGUUUCACACCACGUUUAUAAGACUUCAGAAGUCUCUUGAUUGAGGCUAAAUGAAAAGAGUCUGUCGGCACUGGCUUCCCUUACUGCCUCUGCUUCUGGUUGUCUGACUUCCCCCCUAUGUAUAAUCUUAAUUUUAUCUCUUUCCUAUUUAUGUGCCAGUAUUCCAUGCUGCAAAGUAUUAGUAAUGGAACAGAGGAAAACCUCAGACCAGAGCUCUAAUUAACACUGUAAAUUUAUGGUCUAUUGUUCAGGGGGAAAACACCCUUUGGCACAACAAGGACAGGAUAUCAAUGAUGAGUUGGGAGGUUUAAGGAUAGAAUCCCUACUGCCCCAAGUGGAGGACGGCAGGCUGCUGUUUAUCAGGCUAAAAGGUUUGCUCCUGCUGUGUACAUGGAGGGCUAUCAAGGUUGUCUCCUACAGCCAGGAAAUAGUGUCAGGAAAGUGAGGGAGUUCUCUGAAAAGGGCUCUCUAAGUGAGGGUGUCUCACUGAUUUCAUGCUUAGAACUAACUUCAUCUGAGUUUCCUGUCUCAAUGGCCAAUGUGGGAUUAAUGGCCAACGUAUUAACGUUUCUGUAGUAAAUACCCAAAGCUUGGGCGCUGGGACCCAGGAUUCCUUUCCUGAAUGCUAGGCAAAGUUACUCCCAAGGAAUCCUCGUUGGCCAGAUGGAUCAGGGACGAAUUUCCAGAAUUAGUGCUGCACAGAGAAUUCUCUCUUGUGGACUAAUUCUCCUCCCCCUCUCUGAGGACCAUCUGUCUCAGGGGCACAAGAAGAAAUGGGCAUCUGUUCAGAUCUGUGCGGUUGGUGCCUGGACCUGUUCCUAUAAUCCUUCCAGCAGAGGACUGAGACAUCUUUGGAGCAACCCCCAAAUUUUAAAGUACUGUGGCCUUCAGGUAGGAAUUGUAGAAUGAAUACAAAAUAAUUUGGGUGCGAGUGGGCUAAGACUGUGGAUCAGGGUGAAGCACUUGCUAUGCAAAUAUGAGGAACUCCAUUUAGAGUGCCAUGGUGGUGUAUACCUGUAAUCCCAGGGGUAGUGACAAAGUGGGGUGGGAUGAUCAUUGUGACUUUCUGGCCAGCCACAAUAAUUAAAUCAGAGAGAUUCAGAUCCAGUGAGAAGUUUUGUCUGGAAAAUAGGACUCCAGACAUCAGCCUUACAUGUAUGCACAUGAAACCACUCCAUACCCAACGUACACAUGAACAUUUAUACAUUCAUACACUACACAUACAGACACACACAUUAUUUUUUAAGAACCUGGUUUUAUAGAACAGAACAUGUGAUCUACCGUUCUAGAGCCAAAGAUAAAGUAUUUUCUAUAAAGAAGUAGUAUUUUAGACUUUGCGGCAAUAUAAUUUGUGCUAUAACUACUAUCCUGAUAUUACUCCGAAGAACAUUUCUGUUGAUAAUGUAUAAGGAAGUAAUGUGGCUGUGUUCCAAUAAAACUUUAUUUGCAAAAUGGCGAUGAUUGGCAGAAUUUGGUCUGCAGGCCGUGGUUUGUACCUUACAACUACUAGUAUUCAGUAUAUGUGGGAGAUUUCUCCCAUCUAAAAAUUAUUAUUCAUACAGUAUAUUGAUAUAUCAGCUGAUGUCAAAUUUGUAUUCCUUAAAUUUUAAACGUGUGUAUGUGAAUGUGCAUGCUUGCAGCUGUGCAUGGCAGGCGUGGAGGUGAGAGGAGUCAGGUUAAUCUCGGGUCAGCAGGUUUUUGGCAAGCACCCUUACCUGUUCGAAAGCCUCACUGUUCCGUCCCUUGCUUUUAAGGAUUGUGUCUAAAUGGCUGCCCUCCUCCACUCUGCUGCUCUCUGUUUAUUCUCAGGCUUCUUUAUUUGAAACUCGGAUUUCAAAGUGAUGUCCGAUGUAGCGCCAGGUACCUUUGAAUAUCAAUCAGAACCAUUUAGAUAUGAUACUUAAAACCAAGCUUGACUAGUUUGGUCUCAGGGCUUUGCUGAGUGUGCUGCGUGAAGAAGGAGUUAACAUUGUUGAAUAGACUGUACUUUCCUUCUAGGCUUUUCCCAUAUGUGGGUUGGAGUUAGUUGUUCAGCAUGAAACUAACAACUUCCUUCCGGAGAUGCUGUGGGUGGCUCAGCAUAUCGCAGGCACAGGGAUGGAUUUCGGCCCAGUACCUUUGUUCCCUUUCCUGGUUUGGCGCUGAGAGGAUGCACUGAGAGGGGAUAGCUGCAGAUGUGAAGACCCUAACAUUGUCAGUUCCAGCAGAGCUGAUGGUCCCUGUCCCUUGGUGGGCUUAAAUGCUUUAUCUCCAGACUCAGGGUGAACAGUCAAGGCUCGGAGAAUGGAUUAAAAGUUGUUUACAUUACAAGCUAGAAUGUGACUGUCAAUCAAAUGUCCUACGUGACUUUGUUUCAUGUCCUAUCUUUCCAUUCUUUGUGGGGAGUGAGUGGUAGUAAUUGUGCCCAUCUGACAGUUCUGCUUAUACUGGUCAAUUAAGAAAGGCAACGUUCUAUGAAGUCUGCUAUUACUCUUUUUCUUUGUGACCAGGGAUAUGGGGAAAGUAGAGAUAAUUUUUGUUGUUGUUGUUGGUGGUGGUGGUGGUUGGUUAAAGGACAAUGUUAGUUAACAUCUCGACAUCAUUUCCUUCAGCUGGUGAGUCAAAAGACCCAUCAGUUGUCUCUACUCCACUUAAAUAUCUCAGUGUUGGAUACAUCAAAUGCUAACAGCAUCUUUCUGCACCAGAGAUUUGCUUUUGCUAGAAGUCACUGCCAGGCAACAAGGAGAAGAAUGAAUGAACACUGGAGAGUGGAAGAGAGGUGGAACAUGAGUGAGGACUUUUCUAUACAACUCCCGUCGGUCCAGUGAACUCCAAGCCUCUGUGCAGCUAUUGGCAAUUAAUAGGAAUUAUGCAGAAGUCAAUGAAAAUAGUAAUUAGAAUAAUUGCCUCUGAUCUUCUUGGGCUGUAUUAUAUUUAUUCACUUAACAUAUUUCAUAUUGACAGAUGUGUCUGGAGUCUUACAAAGGACCUCUGUCCAAGAAGAGAGGAGGAGGGUAGGAAAUAUUAUUGGCAUAUAUUUUUAUUUUUCAGUGUUUAGAAAUUGAAGAUUCUUGCUACUAUACUGUUCUUCAGGAUUGCAGAGAGAGUUAAGAAAAAAGAUGUAUGUCUAUAAAAUAAAAAUCAAUUUAUUUACAAUUUCGCAAAUAAAAGCAAUAUUUUCAGGUUACAGGAAAUAGUCAUCUUUUCAUGCUCCCUAAGCAUAAAAAAUCUUAUUGCAAGAUGUAAUAAACUCCUCACUUGCCUCUUAAGAGGAUAAGAAAGGUAGUCAGGAAUGAAUGGUCCAUGAGGACUGAUGAGGACAGGUCUGUCAGGGUGCUGUGGAGGAUGAAGGGACUCUUCUCGCCUCCCUGGUAGGAACAGUAAAUAAGCCAAGGCUCAUAAAGAUGAAGGGACACAGUAGGACAUAUUUUCUAAGCAGGGAGAGGUAGUGCAAGUAUUUGCAGACAGCAGAAAUGAAGGAAGAAUACAGAGGUUGAAGAAUGGUCCAGGAGCUCCUUUUAACCAUAGUGUAGGGAGGAGGCUUGGAAUCGCAUACAGUGUAGGAUUCAGUGUUUCUGAACAAGGACUGAACAUGGAUGGGCCUUUACUCUGUGUGAGUCAUGGAAGGCCUGCUUGGACUGCUAUCACUGUGACAAAUACCUAAGAGAAACAACUGAACAGGUCCUUCUCUGUCCAACCCACCCAGGAAACAUGAUCAACCAGAUUACGUGUCGCAUGCGCCAUCUGUGAUGGUGGGAUCUGUGUCUGUUUCCCUCCACUUCCUCUCAUAAUUACUAUGUAGAGAUAGACGCAUACUUACUCUAGACUGAACUCUAACCUGUGCUGCACGUCUGACUGGCUUCCAUCCCCAGGACAGCACAGUGUACAUCCUUGAACCCCACAGUCAGCAGAGUAAAAUCUAUUCUAUAGAUUUGUCAUGACAGCUAAGUCAGAUAAGGCAAAGCUUCUCCAGAUCCUGAUGUUGGCUGUUGAUAUGGCUCCGUGGAGACCUACUAAGAGUAAUAGUGAUUGCUUCUGAGUCAGAAAGGACAACUCCCUUAACGGAUGAUGUGCAGGGUGUAUAGCGUGUAGUGGGCAGAUGUUCAGAUGGCGAGUUCUUCAGCAUUUGUAGAGAUGUGGAAUGUAGUAGGAAGCCUACUGCAGUAGCACAGCUAUGUAUGGAGACUUAGUAUUCAGGCAUACCAGAAACGAUCGCCUCUUUCUUGCCCUGUGAAAUUUUAGAAUGAAUCUUGUUUCCAGACCUCAGGAAAUCACCUGUUUCUCGAUCACAAAUUACCUCAGAUCCUCCCUCCCUAUGGCAGGGUCACGGGGAAGCUACCCUAACAGAGGAAUGAUGGCACUGGGCAGGGGGGUUGGGGAUCGGGAAAUGUUUCUUGUGGACGCCACUUAUUGCUACUACUUUAACACUCACACAUGGUGCUGACUUGGUCCCAUGUACAGGUGAGCACAUGUGUUUACAAAGAAGUUGUGUGCAUCUCAUAAUCCACCCCCACCCUACAUUUUUCCUAUUUUACUGAAAGAAGUGGAUUUUGUCUGUCCCAGUUGAAAACCCAAUAAAUGAGCUGUUCUAGAAUCUAGGUUACAGAACCCACCCAUGGGACUGAUUCAUGGUGACCUGACUCCUUAUUUUUCUUAUCUUCCCUGUGGACUUUUGUUUGUUGUUGUUCGUAUUGCGGGGGGGGGGGGGGCUUCUAUAGAUGUGUUCCAUAUCCUGGAAGGUUAGCAUCAAAUACAAUUAUUUCAAAGUGAAAUCUGUUUAUUUUUAAUCCACACAGGCAGUUUCCCAUUACAGUAAAGCUUUCACAGUUGAGUACCACUGAUCUCUUGUGUUCUUGAAAAUGAUUGGUGAUUAAAAUCACCCCUUUUGCAAGCAGCUACCCACUGGUGCACUCCACAGAGAAUAAUAAACUACCAUCCACAGAAAUAUUAAGACACCACUUAGAGAAUUAGAAUUUUAACCACUUCAUGUGGCUGAGGCACAGGGGCCUUUUCAGCCCAGUGCUAGUUAUUUCAAAAUUGGUAAGGCAGCCCAGCUUAACUCCCUGCUCCCCUGGGGCUGGCUGCCUCCUGCAGUGCUGUGUGAAACUUAACUGUAAUUUGUUGUGACUGAUCCCUAGUGCAAGUGUUAACAGUGGCUACUUGCCAUGAGCAGGAGAGUGAGAGUAAGUGUUGUUUAUGCAGACAAGAAGUGAUACCAAAAUGAGGCUGCAGGUGUGAUUCUAAUUUGCACCUCCAUUUCAUUUGCCUGGAGGCACUACAUCUCUUUGUCAUUAGUUCUGAAUAUAUAUCAUGACAGGGGAAGGCUUACCAAAUGCACCCCUAACAGAUGUGGCAAUCACACUUCUCGCCAGCCCCUCUGUUUUUAUUCAUUCAUGCUUUCCUCAAAUCACUCUGUGCUUGGAGGAAAGGCCCUCACCAGAACUACUCAAGAAUCCAGCCAGCCAGGAGAUGGGAGGAGUGAUGGUGCCAGAGAGCAUGUGGGGCCAUGGUAAGUGUCCCCCCUUUUCCCUGUGACGUAUGAUGUACCUUACAGUGCAUUAUGCAGGCAUAUUUUUGUAUCAGGAGGGUAGAAUUUGAAAACCUCCUCCCGAGGAUCCAAUGGUUCUUUCUGCAGAAUGCCUGCCCUACAAAAUGUUAAACGCUUUUAGAUAAAGGAAUUCAGUGAAAAGGCUUUAAAGGGUCCACGGUGCAUGAUAGAACGUCGAAGAAGCAGAGUUCUGCAGAACAUCAUCAACCCGCCGAACUUUCAUCAUCAGCAUCUAUGCCAAUUUGUAGAAAACUUCUCCACUUAAUAAAUUUUACCUCUCAGAAUGUGAGACCUAUUGAGUGUUGGUAGAUGUUCCUAGGAACAGCAUCAGGGUUCGUGUAUAUUCUUCAAGAGGCCAGCCACUCAGGCUGAGUGCAGUGAGUUUCAACAGUAUGUCCAUGGGACUCUCCUUAUGUUUUGCUGUUGCAAUUGACUUUUUUUAACAGCUUUGUCCUAAAGAAAAUAAAAGCUUAAGUUUAGGAAAUCAAGCUGAGACGGCUGCAUUUUUCAAACAUGGUCGAAAACAGAAAGUCCUGCUAGAAAUCUAAUCUUGGCUGCCUUGGGAAUCUUCACUAGAUGCUGAGAAAGGCUUUUACCUCUUUACCUUAAUUAUUAGAAAGGUGUGUCUGAGGUUUCCAGGGACAUGAAGAUGUUGGUUCAGUUCUAGCGCUUGCUGUGUAAUGCGGAAACAAAGCAUUAAGAGAUGCCUGAUGGAUGAGCGUUGUCUCCCCCACCCCGUUAGAUUAGCAGUAACUACAAAGAUGGGCUUUGAGUCCAAUAUCAAAGUCUUUUAUUUUUAAGACUGUGAUACAUAGUGAGCUUCACUGCCUUCUGAAACCUCCAGGCCAGGGAAUGUAUCUAUAAUGAAGCAAGAGCACUGUUGCCUUUACCAGCUAGCACUUGGUCACUUUAGAAUGUCAUUUUGGCUUUCUUUUCUAUCAGGUAAGAGACAUACCACCCCAACUUUCUGUCUGAAUACCGAGAAAUUCAACAGCCUUCAUAGUGGUCUGUGAUGCCCCAAAGGAUCAUGGCUGCAGCUUGACUCUGCCUGCUCUUUUAAAGGUCAAACCUCAGAAUACCACUUUGUGAAGAGCAUUAUAUUCGAAGAGAAGCACACAGAUGUAAAGCAGGGUUCAAGCAAGGACCAUUUCCACAGCAUCUUCAUGAGACGUCAACACUGAUUAUGCUACUUGCCUAUAUGAACAGAAAGCGGGAAUAAAAAAACCUCGUGGUUUUCCCAAAGUUAGCUCCUUAUAACAGGAAAUUCAUAAGAGGAGAAGUGGCAGGGUUGAGCUGAUCAGUAGAACAGGUGUAAGCACUUUCCUUACUUGCUUAGGGAAAAAAAAAAGAAGGUGGUUGUACGGAAAAGCACAUUUCAUAGCCAGUCACAGCCCAUGGGUUUAAAAACUAGGUGAACAGAAUCCUGGCCUAGGCAUAUGUAGCCCAAAGGUCUUUUAGAGCCGGAUUUUUCCCAGAGAUGGAACCAUUCCAGGGAAAGAAGAGUUCCCAGGACUGGGUUUCUUGAUUUGCUGGCAGGUUUCAGAUAACUGUGCCUGGCCUCGUUUGGGGACUCUGAGGUCUAGGCAGGCAAGUGCUUGUAAGCAGUGCUGACAGGUUAUUUUAUCUUCAAUUAAGUUGUAGCAAGUUGCACCAAGAUCAGAUUGUUCUACCUAAAUUAAAGGUGUUCUUUCUCAUAUUGCAGUCUGUGAAGCAGGGGAGAGAGGCUCAAGCCAGAGUGGAACUGCACAGCAAGAAGCCAGGCAGCUUCACACGCUGAGCCACCAAGCAAGUCAGUGAAUCCUGCCCUACUUUCACUUCGCUUCCUGCACUGUGUGGAAGUCUGAGCCUCUCCUCACAGGCAUAGAAAGGAAGCAAUCCCCUCUGCACAUCUCCUAAGACGGCCUUUAGUUAUAAAGAAGAAUUAAUUUUUACACAGGAAAUGGACAUUAAGCUGUUACCACAGUGGAUCUUCUGCUGUAGAUGGUGCCUCUCGUGUGGAGGAGAUUGGAGUUCCAGGAUCUGAGCUGGAGAAUCCCCAUUGCUGAACUGUGACUGACAAAGCUUCUGUGAGAGGGACAGUCCAUGGAGGUUUGCAGUGAGCAGGCUUGUAAGUCAGCCGCAAGAGCACCCCUAGAGUAGAGGAUGCUAUACUGUCACUCACUGUGCCUAGGAACAAGAUCUGAAUUUGGUGAAGAGCCUGCUCUCUCUGCCACCUGGAGCUCAAAUGAGAGUUUGUGCUUCUUCCUGUGAUUCACUUAUGGUCUGAUGCAAAGCAUGCUGGGUAUUGGGGGUGGAAAUAGAUACUGUAGUGAUUGAUGCCAUCUGACUCUGGAACAGGGUCACAGAAAUAAUUUUCCCAGCCCUUGACACCUUCAAGAGGGAUCUCCCACUGCCCCUCAAUUAUCUUGUCCUUAUGUCCCAAAGGCUAGCAAGCUAACCAGAUGGUGUCUGCCAUCUUUGUCCUCACUCUGAUGCCUACCUCUAUUCCCAGGGCUUAAAAGUUCACUGUCUGCUUGGUCACCUAAGGGAAUCCUGGUGCUGCUGCUGUAGCAGGAAUCCUGCCCCUCAGUUUCCCCUAAAGAGCUAGAGGAUAAUGUUCUCACUACUCAGGGCAGUAGCAGGAAGCCCUGCUAUCUCUUACCUGCUGCUGUGGAAGAAAUUAUUCCAUAAAACUGCACUUUGCCCUUCUUCAGUCGUUGUCAGUUUGACUCAUCUGCCCAAUUGUUCUCCCCUAUACUACUAACUGUGGUUACUCCAGUGGCUAAUGGAGCUAGGGCCAUUAGUCAGCACAGAUUAGUCCUAAAAAGCUACCCACCCUCCCACUUGUGGCCCUUUAUCCUUCUGUAGAUUUUCUUGGACUUCUUAAGCUCUUCCAAGUUUCACCUGGCUAUUCCUCUCUACAAGUCCUAAAGCCAGCCCAGGUGGGAGCUGUGUAUGCAGAGGGGAAGAAGUGUUAGUGGCUGGAGCUGGAACUUACUGACAUGUGUUUUCACUUUGUCGCCUGUGUCUUACAGCUGUGUCGCCUGUCCUGCAGUCUACCCAAGUCAACACUUAAUCCACCUUCACCUCAUCACCAGAGUAACCUCCCUCUGGGAAGGUGGAAGGUACACAGACGAUGUAAUGCAUGAGGAAGUCUGGCAGGAGAAUGAAUUUGAAGAAUUAGGCAACACUCUGAAACUAAAGAGCCAGCAAGCCUUGAACCAGUGGUGAUAAGUGGGAGUUGUAUAUGAGCAAGAUGAAACUUACUAUGGGUCACAAAGAGAACUGACUGGUGACCACAGUGAAUAAGAACUCAAUGGAUACUUGAGGUUUACUGGAAGAGUAAUGGAGGGUGUGUGGUAGAAAUAUAUUCAUGUAUGAAGAGGUAAUAAUCUGCUAGUAAAGUACAAAUGGAAUCAGUAUAGAGCUAAGACUUGGAUUCGGGCUUUUUUGUUUUUUUGUUUGUCUCAAGAUUUUUCUGUAUUCAAAUGUGAAUCUUUUUAUUACUGAGUAGUAUUCUACAGUACAGAUCUACCACAGUUUGUAUAGCCACUCACCUAUUCUGGAUUAAUUCUAGUUUUGUUUUCUUUGUUAUUUCAAAUAAAGCUCUUAUUAAUAAAAGUA